AUGGCAGACGAAUUGGACCGCAUACUCUCGAUAGAAGAGUCGGCAUUAAGCAGAAACGCUGAGAUUGAGAGGAUUCUAGAAUGUCCUGAGGGCGACUAUUUCUCGACGAUGGAGAUCAAUCCAAUGACGUGCCCCAGCGAAGACUUGAUUUCAAUAGUGAGGAAGAUUUACCGCAAAAAGUCCUUGCUCAUACACCCAGACAAGUCUGACCAUGCUCGAGCUCCAGAAGCUUUUGACAAGUUGAAAAAAGCCGAGGCGGUGCUCUCGUCAAGUAGUAUUAGUAGUAGAAGUGAUAACAGCACCGCGGAUGAACUCUUUGAUGAGAAAACACGUCUAUUGUCAAUAUACAAAGCUGCAGCUCAGAAUGCAACAAGAACAACAUCACCAUCGGACAACUUCAAUGACAAAGUAAAUGUCCAGAUUAGAAACGAAGUAAAGGAAAUUUUGGAAGACGAAAAGAGCCAGUUGGAGUUGCAAAAAUUGGCCAAACAAAGCGAAGAGACACGUAAACAAGAAUACCAAAAGCAAGUGAACAAGGAAAGGGAAUUGAAAAGGAAAGCAGAUGCACAAUGGGAAGACCAGCGGGACUCAAGAGUGAAGAAAUGGCGACAGUAUUCAAAUAAAGUGGAAAAGAAACUGAAAGCAAAGAAGAAAAGUCCAAAAGUGCUCGUGUGA